CAGAGAGUAAGUGGAAACGCAUCCGCUGCUUCUCUCCAGAGCGCAAACUCACUCUCAUCAGCAUCCUCGCUGCAGAUUCGGCUUCGCAGCUCCGAGACGCACCAGGAUGUUCUACUUCCACUGUCCGCCCCAACUUGAAGGAGAGUGCUGUCGCUCCAACACACUAAAUUCAGGCGUUGGAAACCACGCCCCAGCUGAUUUUGACGAUGGAUUUCUGCGGAGGAAGCAGCGCAGAAACAGAACAACGUUUACUUUACAACAGUUGGAGGCGUUGGAGGCUGUCUUUGCUCAGACUCACUACCCGGACGUGUUCACGCGGGAGGAGCUGGCCAUGAAAAUCAACCUGACCGAGGCCAGAGUGCAGGUUUGGUUUCAGAACCGUAGAGCAAAGUGGAGGAAGACGGAGCGAGGGAGCUCAGAUCCGGAAGGAGGGAAGGAGCAGAUGAGCGACGGCUCUCCUCCGUCUCGCAGCAUCAACUCUCAGUCCCCGGUGGACCAUAACAGAAAACAGAAAGAACCGCUGGAGAUACAACAAAGUAUCAGCAGGACAGUGGGUCCAGGUGGUCCGUUCUUCCCAUCCUGUAUUCCGGGCACACUCCUCAACUCCGCUACCUACGCCCAGGCCCUCUCACAAGUCGCCACACUAAAAGGAAACAGUUUGUGCUCCUGCUGCGUUUCUGACCCCAUGGGUUUGUCCUUUCUGCCGCCCUACGGUUGCCAGGGAAACCGUACAGCCAGUGUGGCUGCCCUGCGCAUGAAGGCCCGCGAGCAUUCGGAGGCCGUGCUGCAGUCGGCCAACCUGCUCGGCGCAGUGACCGGACACGGCGCUGGUGUCGGAGUCCUCUCUGGGGUCGGCGUGAGCGCAGCGGGGGUAGUGAGGCCCAUGGCGGGCACAGCCAUGGAGGUGCCUGGCACCGGCGUUAGAGAGCGAAGCAGUUCCAGUCCCAGCGCAGCCACAAAAGUCCCCAUCCUGGGCGGCAGUCCCGACAAACACGCUCACUGCUCCAAGGAGCCGCUGGAGAAAAAGUGAGAUCCUGCAGACAAAACUUGGACGUGCUGAUAAUCUGUGUGACGGUGCCUGUUAUUCCCUAUCUACUCUGCUCAGACGAGCAACGAAGCAAAACUCCAGAAACAUCCUGGGACAGAAAUUCACAAGAUCACAGCAUCUGGAUGCAAAUAAAUUGAAACAUUGUAGAUUAUAAAUGUGAGAAAUUCUGAAAAUCUGGUGCCUCGGCUCCCAGAUGAACUGCUUUCGGACGCUCUUGGACCGCGCGGUUAAGGCCCGUUCGAUAAUGUCUUGUUUUCACUGAGAGGACCGCUACUUUGACUUUUUGCAUGAAGACCGUGGGCGUCGGACUGAAGAUUCUGCAACAUGUGCUCAGAUGAUGGCCUCUCAUUCUUUUGAUUCUGAAGUGAAAGUGCACUUUAACACUAAUCAGUCUUUUCCACCGUAAAGACUUUUUUUUCUGAGUGAGCUGAAUCCAUUCAAUCCAGACAGCUCCGGUUGUCUGUUAGCACCUCCGCGGUGCCAGCAGACAGACAGGGAACACACCAGUCCUGUUGUGACACGUUCUUUAAAACAAUUAAAGAUGUAGUCGCUCAUGUUUCUCUCCUGUUGCCUCUCGCUCCAGCCAUCUGCUCUGAUACAUUAUUUAUCAGCUUCUCUUGAAGCCAAGAGUGGAGAGCAGUCGUGACUCUUAUUAUUUAUUUACUUUUAGAAACGCUCUCUUUUCCUCCUGCCACUGAGUGUUUUUAUUAAAUUACCCUCCAAACAGGAUAUAAAAGCUAUUUAUUAAUGUUGAAUUGAAACAAGUUACCUCAGGGUUUCUCAAACAGGGUGUAGCCUGUAUUCGUCGACUCUCUGAUUCCUAAACAUUUCCCUGCCCUGGAAUAACUCUGGAUCAGCUGAUGGGAUUGAUAAUAUUUAACCGCCGGGCCAGUAGUUUUGCCUGAUUCAAUUUGCGUCCUUGAGGAUUUUCAGGAAAUUACUUUUGAUAGUCAAUAACACAAUUAAGUAAACUACACACACAUUAUCAUGAAUAAUGGAUGUGAAAUUAUGUAUUACCAUGAAGUACUGGUUCAAUAAUUGAUGAGGCGACACCCUGGUGACACCGAGAAGCGGAUAAUGUCAGAAGUUGUGCCAGGUUGUGCACAGAGCGCUCGACAUCCUCGUUUUUUAGACGUUAUUGUGUGUGCAUGUUGUAAAUAUCUUACAGUUAUACCAAUAAAAGCAAUGCUUUCAUGAAUUGAAA